GAGGGUGGGGAGAUGACACAGUUGUUCCCCCAGCCCUGUUGGGGCGGGCAGCAUGGUUCACUCCAGCAUGGGGGCUCCAGAAAUAAGAAUGUCUAAGCCGCUGGAAGCCGAGAAACAAGGUCUGGACUCCCCGUCAGAACACACAGACACGGAAAGAAAUGGACCAGACACUAACCAUCAGAACCCGAAGAGUAAGGCCUCCCCAUUCUCCGUGUCCCCAACUGGUCCUGGCACCAAGAUCAAGGCUGAAGAUCCCAGUGGUGACUCAGCCCCAGCAGCCCCCCCGCCCCCCCAGCCGGCUCAGCCUCAUCUGCCCCAGGCCCAACUCAUGUUGACGGGCAGCCAGCUAGCUGGGGACAUUCAGCAGCUCCUCCAGCUCCAGCAGUUAGUGCUUGUGCCAGGCCACCACCUCCAGACACCUGCUCAGUUCCUGCUGCCACAGGCCCAGCAGAGUCAGCCAGGCCUGCUACCGACGCCAAAUCUAUUCCAGCUACCUCAGCAAACCCAGGGAGCUCUUCUGACCUCCCAGCCCCGGGCCGGGCUUCCCACACAGCCCCCUAAAUGCUUGGAGCCGCCAUCCCAUCCCGAGGAGCCCAGUGAUCUGGAGGAGCUAGAGCAGUUCGCCCGAACCUUCAAGCAGCGCCGCAUCAAGUUGGGCUUCACGCAGGGUGAUGUGGGUCUAGCGAUGGGCAAGCUUUAUGGCAAUGACUUCAGCCAGACGACCAUUUCCCGCUUUGAGGCCCUCAACCUGAGCUUCAAGAACAUGUGCAAACUGAAGCCCCUCCUGGAGAAGUGGCUCAAUGAUGCAGAGACUAUGUCUGUGGACUCAAGCCUGCCCAGCCCCAACCAGCUGAGCAGUCCCAGCCUGGGUUUUGACGGGCUGCCUGGCCGAAGACGUAAGAAGAGGACCAGCAUCGAAACGAAUGUCCGCUUCGCCUUAGAGAAGAGUUUUCUAGCGAACCAGAAGCCUACCUCAGAGGAGAUCCUGCUGAUUGCCGAGCAGCUGCACAUGGAGAAGGAAGUGAUCCGCGUCUGGUUCUGCAACCGGCGCCAGAAGGAGAAGCGCAUCAACCCUUGCAGCGCAGCCCCCAUGCUGCCCAGCCCGGGGAAGCCGGCCAGCUACAGCCCCCACUUGGUCACACCCCAAGGGGGCGCAGGGACCUUACCAUUGUCCCAAGCUUCCAGCAGUCUGAGCACAACAGUUACUACCUUAUCCUCAGCUGUGGGGGCUCCCCACUCGGCUAUCGGCUUGUCGGGCCUGACCCCCAGCACGGGAAGCACAAUGGUAGGGUUGAGCUCCGGGCUGAGUCCAGCCCUCAUGAGCAACAACCCUUUGGCCACUAUCCAAGCCCUGGCCUCUGGUGGAACCCUGCCCCUUACCAGCCUUGAUGGCAGCGGGAACCUGGUGCUGGGGGCAGCCAGCGCGGCCCCAGGGAGCCCCAGCCUGGUGACCUCGCCACUCUUCUUGAACCACGCCGGGCUGCCCCUGCUCAGCGCCCCUCCAGGUGUGGGCCUAGUCUCAGCAGCGGCUGCAGCCGUGGCGGCCUCCAUCUCCAGCAAGUCUCCUGGCCUCUCCUCCUCAUCCUCUUCAUCCUCGUCCUCCUCCACUUGCAGUGAGGCCGCAGCACAGACCCCUGGAGGCCCAGGGGGGCCGGAGGCAGGGUCGAAGCCCGAGUGAGGGCCCAUCAUGCCUCCCCUCCCACUCCUCUGACCCUCACCUCGGUACCUCGCCUGGGAAGAGGGCGAAGAGGCCACUGGUAGGGGUCCAGCGGGUCCUUGGAGCAGGAGUGACAAGGGAAGAAA